AUUUAACUCCUUUCAUUCUUUCAACUUGUCUCAAUCCGAUCCAAGGGAUUUAUAUACAGAAAAGAGAACACAAUCAACUCUUUUUGGUCUCUCCCCGAAGAUCCAGAAACCCUAACCCUAGCCGCUCCAACUGCUAGAAACGAUACGAAAGAAUGGCGGAGCACUUGGCUUCCAUAUUUGGUACGGAAAAGGACCGAGUCAACUGUCCUUUCUACUUCAAGAUCGGAGCCUGUCGCCAUGGAGAUCGAUGCUCAAGGCUCCACACCAAACCAAGCAUCAGCCCUACCCUAUUGCUUUCCAAUAUGUACCAACGCCCCGAUAUGAUCACUCCAGGUGUUGAUCCUCAGGGUCAGCCCCUUGAUCCUAGCAAAAUCCAGGAUCACUUCGAGGAUUUUUAUGAAGAUCUGUUUGAAGAGCUUGGCAAAUACGGAGAGAUUGAAAGCCUAAACAUUUGUGAUAAUUUGGCUGACCAUAUGGUUGGAAAUGUGUAUGCACAGUUCAGGGAAGAAGAACAUGCUGCAGCUGCUCUCCAGAAUCUCAGUGGAAGGUUUUAUGCAGGUCGUCCCAUUAUCGUUGACUUUUCUCCAGUGACAGAUUUCCGUGAAGCAACUUGCAGACAAUAUGAAGAAAACGUAUGCAAUCGUGGUGGCUAUUGCAACUUCAUGCAUCUAAAAAAGAUCAACAAAGAUUUGAGGAGGCAGUUAUUCGGGAGGCGUAGGAGGAGUCGAAGCAGAAGCCGUAGUCCUCCGAGACACCGGAAUCAUGAUGACCGCCCACAAGGCGGUGGUGGUGGUGGUGGUGGUCGUGGGUAUGGGAGAAGAGGUGGUGGUGGUUACUCUGAUCACCGGAGCAAUGACAGGGGGAGGCGGCCGAGGAGUAGGAGUCCGGGGAGGAGAGGAGGGAGGAGCAGAAGUCCGGGAGGGAAGAGAAACCGGAGUCCGGUUAGGGAAGGGAGUGCUGAAAGAAGGGCAAAGAUUGAACAAUGGAAUAGAGAAAAAGAACAGGCGAAAUCUGGAACUAAUAAUGCUUCGAAUGUUAAUGAAAAUAAGGAAGUUGGUAAUAAUAAUGAUGAUGGUGGUUUACAAAAUGGGGAAAAUUACCGUGAUGCCCCUCAGCAGAAGCAGCAAGAUGAUGGAAAUUAUGAUUACUGAUUGAUCAAUGCCGAAUUGUCUGGUUUGUUUUCUGUUUCUUGAUCUUGGUUUUAUACAAUUUGUUUUUUUUUUUUUUU